AUGUUUUAUUGCGUCAUGGUAAUGUGUCCCGCUGAUUGGUUGCGGUACAAACUUUGACGCCGCACGUGUCCCCCCAAUGUUAUGGCCGUAUGAUCGACAGGUGCUUGUUGUCUUGUUUCUCUGUGUGUUCAAAGAGUUAUUUCAGGCCUAGCUGCCUCGUUUUAAGGACGCUAGUAGCAGUUUGUGUCUACUUUCAUACCUCACUAUAAGGUUCGGUCCUUGUGACCCCUGACUGGCUGCGGACUGAAAUAUUAGCCCACGUUUUUCGUCACUGACACAGUCGCCAUGCACUGCCUGAGAGCCCUGCGCCUUACCCAAAGAUCACAACUUAUCUCCAGAAAUGUGGAAGCCGCCAAAAAGAUUUUCCUGGUUCAUCCGCGGUGCUGUGAGAGCUCAAUCUCAGAUGGAUUUCACCGACGAUCCGCCACACACUUGGAUCUUUUCAAACUAAAUAUCCCGUCAAGGUCCCAGAGCUCUGGAGUGGAAGACAUGCUCUUUUACACCAUCACAGGAGGAAAAGAGCAAAUCCCCAUAGCACAGUUUAAUGCAGCUCUGAAAAAGACUGGCCUGCUCCCUUCAGACCCCCGCCUCAGGGAGUGUAUGGAGAAGCUACGCCAGGUUGUGCAGGAGUCAAUCGGGGAUGUCAUGAUGGACAGAGACCUCUUCCACAGGUGCAUGGGCGGAAACAUCGUCCUGCUGAUACAAGCCUUCCGGAAAAAAUUCAUUAUCCCAGAGUUUGAUAUUUUUGCGAAGCAGAUAAAUGAAAUCUACGACACAGUGGAGAAGCAAACAGAAGGAAAAGUGGCAGACUACAUCCCACAGUUGGCCAAGUUUAACCCCGAGCUGUGGGGCGUCUCUGUGUGUACAGUCGACGGUCAGAGACACUCAGUGGGUGACACAAAGCAGCCGUUCUGUCUGCAGUCCUGUGUGAAGCCUCUGCAGUACGCCAUAGCGGUGCACGAGGAGGGCACAGAUGCAGUGCACAGAUAUGUGGGGAUGGAGCCCAGCGGGGUCAAGUUUAACAUGCUCUCACUCAACGAUGAAGAUAAACCUCACAAUCCCAUGGUGAACGCUGGAGCUAUAGUCGUCAGCUCCCUUAUCAAGCCCAGUGCGAAUAAAGCAGAGAAGUUUGACUAUGUUAUGGAGUUUGUGAAGAAGAUGACCGGGCAGGAGUAUGUAGGCUUUAGUAAUGCAACGUUCCAGUCAGAAAAAGAAACUGGUGACAGAAAUUUCGCUAUUGGAUACUACAUGAAAGAGAAGAAGUGUUUUCCUCCUGGAGCAGAUAUGAUCGAUGCCCUAGACUUCUACUUCCAGCUCUGCUCUAUUGAGGUGAACUGUGAAUCAGGAAGCAUCAUGGCCGCUACUCUUGCCAAUGGCGGGAUCUGUCCAAUCACAGGGGAGCGUGUACUGAGUGCAGAGGCCGUGAGAAACACCCUGAGCCUCAUGUAUUCCUGUGGGAUGUACGACUUCUCCGGAGAAAUGGCCUUCCAUGUGGGCCUGCCUGCUAAAUCUGGAGUGUCUGGUGCCAUUCUUCUGGUGAUUCCAAAUGUGAUGGGAGUGUUGUGUUGGUCUCCUCCCCUGGACAGGGUUGGGAACAGUGUCCGGGGAAUACACUUCUGUCAGGAACUUGUAUCACAUUUUAACUUCCACAAUUAUGACAAUCUGCGGCAUUUUGUGAAGAAAGAGGACCCCCGCAGAACACAGGGAGAUGACAGGAACAAAUCCGUAUUCGGUUUGAUGUUUGCAGCUUACAGUGGAGAUGUGUCAGCCUUGAGACGGUUUGCAUUGUCUUCUAUGGAUAUGGACCAAAAAGACUACGACGCCAGAACAGCCCUUCACAUCGCCGCAGCAGAAGGUCAUAUUGAUGUUGUUCGGUUUCUUACGUACACCUGUAAAGUGGAUCCUUUUACCAAAGACAGGUGGGGGAACCAGCCAAUCGAUGACGCCAUGCAGUUUGGACACGAGGGUGUAGUGGCUGUGUUAAAGGACUACCAGCAGGUCUGCAGCAUGGACCCUGAGUCUCAGCAUUCACACAAAAUGGACGCCAUCGAAGACAUGGUAUAAACAUGGACUAUAGGCCUAUAAUAUUUAAAGGUCCCAUUUAAUGCCAAAUUUACUUUAAGCCAUGUUAUAAUGCAUCUGAAGCAGUUUUUUGUUCCAUUCACAAAUAUUUCAAGAAUCAUUAUUAGUCUUUCUAUAUCUCCAAAGCUCAAAAUGCUCUGUUCCUCCUUGUGAUGUCAUGAAUAUUUACCCUUUACCUUCAUUUCAGUAGCAAUUGGCAAUUCCAGAGCUGAAAUAAUCCAAAUGAUUCUAGUGAAGGUGUAUGGAGUUUAAAAACACAGCAGAGCACUUCCUGUAUUACCACAUAACAUCACAAGGUGAAAUGUUUUCAGGUUGAGAGAAGAACUCUAGUCUAAAUAUGCAGGAUUUAUGUGUUAAACAUGCACGAAUAAAACAAAACACAGCUCUGGGUAUGUUUGUGAUGAGGAAACAAUAACACAGACCAGAAAAUACAGUAAUAUGGGGUCUUUAACUGCCAUUGUUAAGAAAAAAUGAGAUAGAGUAAUCAGGCAAUCCAAUGUCUGAUUUCUGGUGUAUAUUAAUAUGCAUAAAAGACACCUGAUCAUCAAAAACAUCUGGUGGUUUAGGUUAAUCAAAGGAUCUGUAGAGAAACUGUUGUAUUUUGAAGACAAAUUACAAUGAAUUUUAAAAUUACUCUUUCUAUCUUUAACUUGUUCUAUUCCUUGUUUGUCUUCUCCACAUUAGUUUUGCAUAAUUUUCCUCAUCAAAACCUGCAGAGGUGUGAAUAAUCAGAAAGAAAGAUUGAUCACAUCUGACGCAACUGUUUACAUGUUAUUUUGAUAAUCUGAUAACUCCAGAAAUCAGAUAAUGAUUAGAUUUUGGUGUAUGUGUAAAUGUAGCCAGUUUUAGUAUCUUAAUACAAAUGAUCACGUUCAAUAUUUGUGACAUUUGUUGAUAUUUCUUAUGAAUGUAUAAUGUAAUCAAUAAGGAAAGCUGACUCUUGCCUCCUAUCAAUAUGAAAUUCACCUACGACAAAAGAAAAAUAGACAAGCAAUGGUUAUCUGAUGUAUGACAGUAUAUAAAGGAGCUUGUCACUAUUCAAAUAAUUCAAUCAAUCAAGCUUUAUUUUAUAUAGACAAUUAAAAAACAAACAGAAGACAAACAUAACAGUAAUUCAAUAGAACUUAUUUUUGUAGAGACCAAAAUUACAACAGCAGGCGCCUGCAGGGCUUAACAAAGUUGUUGAUUUAAAAUGACAGUAGGUAACUUUGUGGGGGCGGAAAGUCAACUGCAUGAUUCCAUAGAAAUGGAAAGUUACAGACAUACAGUCCCCAUGGAGAUAGGUGAGUUUUAUGCCAUACUGUGGAAUAUUAUAGCCAAACAUCUCCGUGGAAACAGAUGAGAAGGCCCUCCUCCAGAGCAAGUAAGAGUCAGGUUUGUGGAGAUGAAAGCCUGCUCAGAUUAAGGACACAUGUUUUUCUGUGCUUUUAUUUUUGUAUAUUUUUUUCAUAAAAAAGUUAUCAACUGGGGCUUUAACCACUAAAAAUGCAAAAUUUAUUACAUGCAAUUUUGAGAUAUUUCAAUGAUCAACCUUUUUAUAGAUUCAAAUAUAUUUUAAUGAACAUCAUGACGAAUAUACUGUAGUUUUAAUUUCACAAUGACAUGUAAUUAAAACAGUUUUUUUGUAACUUUGUAUACAAUAACUUGCUUUUAUUUAUAUGUAUAUCAUAAAUAUUUUCAUCACUAAAUUAUGUAUUCAGAAAGGUUCAAAUAUUCACUUAAUGUACAUUUGUAAUAAAGUGAAAAAGAAUAAUCUGUAAUAAUGCAGUUAUAUA